UUGUAUAAAAAGCGAAUAUCUGGUAUCUGUUCCGCACAGUGCUACGCUUAGCGCCGAUCGAUAAGGUGCAAUUUUGCUGACAGACCCCCACACCAUGGAUAGAAUGCAGCAGCGAGCUACGGUUCGCGCGAUUCUGCUCUCACUGGCCGUUAGCAGCGUGGCAGCAUGGAUGGUCACGAAGCCCCCAACCACUACGACCACCCGCGGUGGAACAGCGAGCUGUCCCAGCUCCAAGUACCGUUCGAUUGAUUCGUCCUGCGCCAACCCGUUCAAUCCCAGCUUGGGCCGUGCGGGUGAACCUUACGCUCGCCUCCUUCCGGCCAGCUUUGCGGACGGUAUCUCGCGCCCUCCGGUCAUGAGCAAUGGCAGCGAGUUUGUUAACGCACGAACCAUUUCAUCCACCGUGUUCCCGAUCGACGAGACGCCCGAUCCGAGCAAUACGCUGAUCAGCAUAUUCUUCCUGCAGGCGAUAGCGAACGAUUUAAGCUUGCCAGCCGGUUCCAACGACAACGUGCAGUGCUGCGUCGAUGGGCAGAUUGUACCGAACGCACCGAGCAGAUGCUAUCCCGUCAAGAUCCCGAGCGGUGAUGCGCUGUAUUCGUUUUUCAACAUCCAGUGCUUGAACUAUGCACGUGUGCUCACCAAACCGGGCAACCCACCGGCAUCACAGCCGGUCCAACCGAUCAACAGUGCUAGCAGCCUGCUCGAUCUGUCCUUCCUGUACGGCACCAGCGUUGCGCAAAGCAAUCGACUGCGAGCAUUCUCGGGCGGUAGACUGCAAUCGGUAAGGCGCAAUGGAGUCGAGUGGCCGGUAAUAGAUCCGGCCGGCUGUACCUGGUCCAACGUGUGCUACCUGGUGGCGGACAUACGGAGCUAUCAGUCGCCGAUGGCCGCAACGGUGCAUCUUUUGUUCCUGCGAGAGCACAACCGGCUGGCCACCCAGCUACGUCUGCUCAAUGCCGGCUGGUCGGAUGAGGUGCUCUUUCAGGAGGCAAGACGUAUCAACAUCGCCCAGUACCAGCAGAUCGUGUACUACGAGUAUCUGCCCCGGAUUUUGGGACGGUCCAACAUGCUAAGUAGUCGGUUGAUAUUCGAAGGCACUGGGUUCGCGUCGGAUUUUAAUGAGUUCCAAAAUCCCUCCUCCGUGGGCGAGUUUGGAGCCGUGGUGAUGCCGUUCAUGCAAUCCCAACUACCGGGUGGUAUAAAUUUCUACAUGGACGGUGUAACUGAAACGUUGCGGUUGAGCAGCUUAACGGGCAACCUCACACUUCUGGAAAGCAUGUCCAGCAGCUUCUUCAACGGACUGACCACCCAAUCGGCCAAACAGGUCGAUGCUAGCUUCAGUGUCGAGUGGAAAAACUUCAUGUACCGUGGUAGCGAGACGCUCGGGCAGGAUCAGCUUGCACUCGACAUUCAACGCAUGCGGGACUUUGGCUUUGCGCGGUACAACGACUAUCGGUCCCGGUUCGGAUUGAGCCGGUACACGACGUGGGAAGCGUUCAACGCCACGUUAAGACAACCGUGCAUCAAAACCGUUCAACACCUCAGCACGCUGUACCCAACGAUUGAUGAUCUUGACCUGAUCGUUGGUGCUGCCUUUGAAGAGCCUGUGGCCGGAGCUUUAGUUGGCCCAACGCUUUACGCCAUCAUGGAGCAACAGUUCUUGGCAGCGCGUGCCGGCGAUCGUUACUUCUUCGAAGCGGGUAGACAGCAGGGCAGCUUUUCGGCGGCGCAACUGACGGAGAUACGCAAAAUUAGUCUAGCACGGCUGAUGUGUGGAGCGCUACCGACGAUAUCGAAAAUUCAACCGAAUGCUUUUGGGCCAGCCUCGGCACAUAACACACCCGUGGCGUGUAGCGCAUUGCCCGUACCGAAUCUGGCGGCCUGGCGUGUAUAGAAGAGUGUACUUGAAUGCCCCUUUUUUAUUGGACUAAGCUCUGGUAUCUGUAAAGUAAGCCAAUAAAAAAAUGUCCCCAAAAACGUA